GUUUUGGCCCCUCGCCUCGUCUUCGGCCGCUGCCCUCCAUCCAACCACCCCCAUCUCUCUCCACCACCACCACGGGGCCGCGGCGGCUGCGGCAGUGCGGCCGCCGGCUCCGGUGGUGACUGACCGGUGACCCACUGCCGAUCGACGAGGAGCGUAGUUACAGCGCAGCGCAGAUGCUUGGCCAGUAGCCGCCGGCCGCAUAUGUCAGGUCUCGCCUUGUGCGAGGGAGCCGCCAAGUCGCCGUGCUGGUCGGAAUGCUCUGGAUCGAGGCUUUUUCCUGCAUCCCGCGUUUCCUGCCGCUGGGAGAAGCCAGGGACCUUUUGCUUGCUAACGGCACAUCCUUCCUUCCGCAGAAACUCGAGGCAGAUGCAAUGGUCCGUCAAGACCAUGUCAGACGAGAGUAGUGACCAAUCAGGCAAUAACACUCGCCUUUUCAGUGCAAUUCAAUCUUUUUGGAACAAGUUUUCUGCCAAGCUGAACAAAGCAAGGAGAGGGUUACCAAUGAAGAUCCUAUUCUUUCUGAUUGGAUUUUAUUGUGCGACAGCCUUUGCUACCGUCAUUGGGCAAACAGGUGACUGGGAUAUAUUGUCCGCCGGGCUUGCCGUUGCCAUUGUGGAGGGUAUUGGUGCACUGAUGUACAGGGCUUCCUUUGCAUUUCUUGGUAGGAUCAGGAAUAUGAUUACCAUAUUCAAUUACUGGAAAGCUGGGCUUACACUUGGGUUGUUUUUGGAUUCUUUUAAAUAUGAAGUGGAUGAGCUUCUUGAGUCGUGUAACCCAUUCAACUUCGAGAUUAAUAUAUUUACUGGCCUUUGGUAAAA